CCCCUUUGUUUCAUGCAGAUGCGGCCCUGGUUCUGCAACCCCUAGUCUUUACCCCCAUCACGACGUCAGCCGGCCAACAAAAUGACGUCACCCUCCAGCUCUUCAACGGGGGCGCCGACGCAUACCUCGUGUCCGCGUCCUUUAUAGGGCCCCAGGGAACGGCUGGCUUUCCAGCCGUUCGCGGAGGCCCUGUUAUCAACGGCUUCGUCAACGUCAGCUUUGCGCUGACUUUGGCAGGGGCAUACACUCUCUCUGCGACGGUCUACACCCAGGGGCAGACGGUUAGCUUAACCAACGGGCUUAACCCUGCGGUUAUUGUAACCCCAGGAGAUGCGGUUUCGGCUCAGUCACGGGUUUUGGGUCUGGAGCCCGGGGGAGAGCUGGUGGUUGGAAUGGGGGCUAACUUCACGGUGCUCUUGGUUGACAGAUUUGACAAUAUGGUUACGCCAAACCCUGCCCUCAACCCCACGGUUAGCGCUACGUUCCUGGACUCCAACCAGGUGUCAACUCCCGCCCAAUUCACCGCUACAGGGCUCCUCUUCCAGCAAAAUGGAACCCAAACCUUACCCGUUAGCUUAACCCAGAUUGGGGUCGCUUCCCUCAUCUCGUUCCCCACCCCCCCAAACGUGGGCACAGUCACAAUCUCCGUGACUCUCUCCGGCAUCCCCCUUCCUGGCAGUCCCUUUUUCGUCUCCACAAUUCCUGGGCCCCCAUCCCCCCAGAAAAGCACUCUCUCAGGAGCGGGCCUUUCCGGAGCAGUGGCGGGGGUCCCAGCUGAGGUAAUGUUUACCCCCCGGGACGAACAUGGUAACCCGGCGGGGUUAGCGGGGGGAUUAGUGACGGCCGCCCUAACACCGGCAGGAAACGGCUCUGCGGCAAGCCUGGCGCCGGGUUUUGGCAAUGGUGACGUCAGCGAUAUGGUCGCGUCAGCCGGGGGGGUGGCAAGCGGACCCAACGUGCAGCCCGGAGUAACUGUCACUGCGAACCCCGACGGAACCUACAGCCUCAAGUACACGUCAGCAACGGUCGGGCCGUACAGUCUUUCCGUUCUUAUCGACGGUCAGCCAAUUGGAUCCCCAACUGUGGUGACAGCAGUUGCCGCAAACGGUCCGUUCUCUGCGGAACGCUCGUUUGUGCAAGGACUGAAGGCAACGCCAGCCGGCCGGAACUCCUCCUUCCAGAUCGUGGCCGUUGAUUCCGCCGGCCGCCAACUGACUGAUGUCACCCUCCCGUCCGCCGGUUUCUCCGUCACCUUCUCCCGUGAUGACGUCACUCUUCCGCCCAUCAAAGCCCUCCCGACCGGAACCGGAGGCCUCUUCACGGUCCCUUACACUCUGACAGGCGCCGGGGUUUACAGCGUUUCCAUUUCGACCGGACAUGUAACGCUCCCCAGCCCCGCGGGGUUGAACGUUACCGCGCCCCUGCAGCUGACGGUGUGGCCGGGGCCUCCGAGCGAGGUGACGUCCUUGGUGACGGCAGCGAACGGUACGUACCGGGCAGGAGACGUAGUGUUGGCUCGGGUGGCGGUGCGUGACGUCAACAACAUCUCUCAGGUGUACCGCACGCCAGGCUUCUCUUCCGCCCCCUACCGAUUCUCAAUCACCGCCUCCCCAGUCCCGGGGUGUUCUUUAGAAUCGGCCUCAGACGUCGGCCCUUUCCCGGUCACCUUCGAUAGCGCUUCCAACGUCUUCACUUCCCAGCUCCGCAUUCAAACCGCCGGGCAAUACGUUCUCCAAGGCGCGCUCAACGGCGUUCCGUUCCGCUCGGGUUCCGCUCCGCUUGUCUCCGUGUCCGCCGGCGACGUGAACCUGGCAAAGACGGCGGUUUCGAGGCUCGGGGCGUCUCUAGUUGCGGGCUUGACGUCAGCGGUUCGAGUGAACCUUACGGACCAAUGGGGCAACCCGGACGUUCCCCCAGGAGUCAACUGUUCUGUGACGAUUCGGACCGUCUCCGGGGCCACUUCCGCUGCCGAGUGCGUCCGUUCCGCCGGCUGUGGGCUUCCGUUCUGCCAGCGGAUCUCGGCCGGAUGCUACUUCACGGCGAACCUGACCGUUUCCGAAGCGGGCCCCGUUUUGGUCGAUGUGCUCGUGGACUCAGUCCCGGUUGUUAACGGGGGAAUGGCGACGACGGUCGUUGCGGGGCCUCCCGCCGCAAAAGCUUCCGUCGCUUCUUUUAGCGUCGGGCCUUUGGCGCAAGUAACGGCGGGGAGUAGCGUAGACCUUGCUGUAACGCUCAGAGACGCGUUCAACAACAGCGUUACGACCGGGGCGGCCUCUGCUGACGUCAUCUUGGAGGCGACCUUGAGCAACAACGGGUGUGCGACAGUGGAGAGAAUUAACACCGUCGAAGGCGGGUCGUUUUCCGAGGGCGUUGUGGCGUAUUCAGACCGGCCGACCAAACCGGGGAACUUGACACUGCGCAUGCUGGUCGCCGGAGAGGAAGUACCUGGGUCCAAAAUUGUAGUGUCAAUUCUUCCGGGGCCGACGUCUGCUGCGAAGUCUGACGCCAGUGGGGCGGGCAUUUACACCGCAAUUGCCGAAGUAUCGACUUCGUUCACGGUCCAGUUAAGGGACCGGUUCGGAAACCCGGGGAGUCAACCCGGUGACAGUGUGAAUGCGUCCUUCCUUCCUGUCCUCGGCUCUCCCCACCCGGUUCUUUCCCCCAUGGAAAACCUGGACUCCGGCGCAUACCGCGUCGGCUACACCGCUUCCGCCCCAGGGACGUAUGUCGUCAACUUAACUGUGACGUCAGCAAACGGCACGGCGCAGGCAAUCGCGGGUAGCCCGUUCGCGGUGACGGUUAGACGGGGCCCUGCCGUUGCUAACCUGAGCAGCGUCUCCGUUCUCGAUCUUGUCCAAAUGGCGCGUGGUCCCCCGGUGCUUUCUACCGGGCACUCGUACCAGCUCGCCAUAACCCUAUGUGACGUCAGGGGGAUCCCCGGUCCGGGCCAAGGAGUGCCCGGCGAACCCGCGCUUAGCUUCGAGGCUUACCCGGAGCCGGUUAACCAAACCGGGGGCUUAACCCCAGCCUCCGAAACCUCCAUUGUGGACUUUGGGAACGGGACCGUUCUCGCCCGGUUCGUACCGUACCGGGCGCUUCUGUACAGUCUCGUGGUGCAACUAGGGGGCGUAGAUGUGCCCGGGGGGAGGAUGGUCGUCAACGUGACGCAGGGCCACGUGGCGUUCGAUCAGACCGUCGUGUAUGCGGCAGCGAAUGGAGAGCCGUUGAUCGCUAGCAACUCGUUUGAGGUUGCUGUCAUCGAAACCCGGGACGCAUUCGGUUCCCCGGUCAACAACAACGGCUUUCCGCUCGCGCCAAUCCAAGCCGGAAUCUCCGCCACUUUCUUCCCCGAAGACUUCCCCGUGCACUCAUUCUCCAACCCUCUAGACGUCCGCUUCGAUCCGCCCAGCGGAAAGUACUUCGCCAACUUCGCCGUGACGAAAGCCGGCGUUCUGUUCACGGAGGUCAACGGAACGAGCGGAAACGGACUGGCUGGGAACGGUCUGGUCCGUCAGGCGGUAACGGCGGGGCCGGUGGAUCCGGCGACGUCGCUCGCGUGGGGCGCGGGUUUGGCGAGGGUUUUGGUGGGAGGCCGGGGGCGCUUCACUUUGCUGGGCUAUGACACUUUCGGCAACAAGGCGCUUCUCGACCCAUUCAACGUCACGAUCGCCUUCACGAACGCAACGACUAACGCCCCCCUCAAAACCGUCUCCCUCGAAGGCGUCCCGGUUUCCUCCCCCGAUCGCACGUCCCUUUCCUUCGCCUACACUGUUUCUCCCUCCAUUCAACCAGGUCAGCAGUUCAAAAUCACCGCCCAUAUAAACUCCCGAUUAGUGGGCGGUAGCCCGUCAACAGUAACGGUGACGGACCCGGCAACGGUCGGGCCCCCGGUUGCUGACCUCAGCCUAGCCGAGGGCCCGGGACUUUCUCCAGGACCAGUCGGGGACUCGACCUGGUUCGACGUAACGCUAGUCGACCAGAACGGCACGCCGUUACUGAACGGCAACGGCCCUGACGCCGUCAGCUUUUCCAUGGCGCAGCCUGACGGCCCGGCCGCCUUCGCCAACCGGGCGUGCCCGGUAGAAGCGAACGGUACGUACCGGUGCAGCUUCGUGCGGGGCGUGAACGGAACCGGGGGGUACGAGUUGGACGUCCAACUGCUGGGGGGGGGUCAAAUCACGGGGCCGGGAGGGGGGGUGCUGGUGACCGGCGCGUAUUCCGGCCCUUCGGUGGCGGAACGAACCGUUCUUUCGGCGAACGUUUCGAGCGUUCCGGCCGGAAGCGGAAUGGCGAUUUCGGUCGGGCCUCGUGAUGCGGAAGGCAACCCGCAGGACUCUAUGCUCCAAGCCCUGGACGAGCUCACGGUGACUGUAACGGGGCCCGGAAAGGCGGUCGCUUCUGUUGCGUCCGUUGUUAGAGUCCAGCCGAGCGGUCUCCCGUCCGUUUCGUUCCUCGUCACCGUUCAGGCGACCAUAGCGGGCCUCUACACCCUUCGUGGGUCGCUCAAAAGCGGCGGGCUCGUGGACGUUGUGCCCCCCCUCUCCUGGAACGUUACGUCGGCCCCUGCUGACGUCACCCAGACGACCGUCCUCGGGAGCGGGCUGGCCUCCGCCUUCGCCGGCGAAUACACCGAGGUGCUUAUCAUAGCCCGGGACGCUUAUGGCAACUCCGCCGCGCCCCCCACCAACGUCUCCCUCGGCGUUUUCCCUUCAGCCGCGGCAACGUCGAUAGCCUAUGACGAAGCCCGUAAGGUAUGGGUCGGGAGCUACCUGCCUUCAGGGACUGGCGCGGGCUUACUUUCCUUUGAGAUCGACGGCCAACCGUUCACAAUCCCCGGCUACGGAGGCACGUGGGUCCAGGCUGGCAGCGUCGCGGCCAAUCAGAGCACGGCGUUCGGUCCCGGGGUCGGCAGAGACGAAGCCGGGGGAUCCCUCCCCGCUUUGCUCCUUUCUAGCACAGCCCAAUUCAAAAUCCUGGCGACAGAUGCCUUUGGAAACCCAGUCGGUAGGGGCGGCGCCGUUUUCGACGUCACAAUCUCGACCGCUGACGUCGGCAGCCCUGCCACGUGGCGAGCGACUGGGGUCGCCGACAACGGGGAUGGCACCUAUGACGUCAGCUUCCGGACGCCUCCGAGAGUGGGGCAGCUGAGGGUGUCCGUUUCGCGGGGCGGCGAGCAGAUCCGCGGUUCGCCGUUCGCUGUGAGCGUGACAGGUGGCGCCGUCAGCUUCAACCGGAGCGUGGUCCGUUUCCCGGGCAGAUCGGACGCCUCUGACGUCACUCUGACGUCACCAGUGGCUCCGGCAGGGGCGCCGCUGGGGCUCUCCGUGCAGCUCGUGCACGGUUCCGGCCGGAACACGACUGACACCGGAAACGGAACGGCGAUAGCGUAUGCCGUGCUGGCGUCGGACGGAGGCACUUAUGCGGGCGCCCAGUUGGCGGAAGUGGGCGGGGGGCUCUACCGGGCAAACUUCACGGUGUUAAAACCGGGGCCCUUCCAAGUAAAGCUUAUGCGCAACGGCGAGGCGCUUAUAUUCGCCGGUUAUGCCUCCUUUGGACCUGCUGACGUGGCACGGAGCUCCGUGGUUGGGCCGUCGUCCCUGACGGUGACAGCUGGCGCGAUCGCAGCGGUCGAGAUCCUGGCCGUUGAUUCCAACGGCAACCUCGUGGAUGACGACACGUUGACCGUCUUCACCGCGGCCGUAAGCAGCGGCAACGGCGCGGCUCCUAUGCCCCUCGGCGCAUCGCCUAUCCCCAACGGGACGUUCGCGCAAAACGGGCGGUUCGUACUGCCGCUCCGGUUCAUGUCUACUGGGCAGUUUACCGUGCUGAUACAGCUGGCCGGGCAGACUGUUUCGAACGGUCGGUUGGACGUGCAAGUGGUCCCCGGAGAAUUGGACCCGGGGCGGAGUUCCCUGGACUGGAACGGCAAGCCGUAUCUGGUUGCGGGGAAUUCGGAGCGACUGACCAUCUAUCUCAAGGACUCGUUCGGCAACGCCCUCGCCCCGACGACCACCCUCCUCCCCUCUCUUUCCAUUCUCCAUUACAACCACACGACCCACCAGAGAAUUCUGAUCCCAGUUCCAAACCCCACCCUAACCCCGACGGUCAACGGCUCUGGUUACUCGGUAACUUUCGCCCCCCCCACUUCCGGUAUCCUCCGGGUCUCGCUACCUGUCGCCAGUUCAGACGUCAGCCCCCAGCAGAUCGCUGACGUCACGACGGGGAAGCCGUUCGAGAUCGCUGUCGAGGCGGGUUACUUCGACCCAAACCAGGGUGUGGCUUUCGGUCCGGCCGUCGAUUCCGGUGCCGUGGGCGGAAUUCUGUCGUACUUCUUCGUCCAGGCAAGCGACUCUCAGGGGAAUACCGUCAACACCCUGCAGCUCGCUUCUCUAGUUGCGACAAUUACCACUCCUGGGGCCACCGUUACUGGUAACGCGACCGUUCUUCCUCUUCCGGGGGGGCUGGUCCGGGUGGAUUUUCUCCCCCCCGAAACGAGCGGAAACGUCACCCUGGCGGCGUCGGUCAACUCUGACGGGAAGGCGUUCACAUCGGCGCCCGUCAGCCUUACCGUCUGGGCUUCUGCCAGCAAUGUGAAUACGUCCACGUCUGUGGCGGUUGAUUCUACCGGGCAGGAUAUAACCGAUAUUCUUGUCGGCCUACCAGUCGGUUCUGGUCCUACCAGGCUGUUUAUCGUGGCAAGAGACGCCCAGUCGCGUGACGUUCCCUUCUCCCCAGCUCCGUUCACGGUGGAGUGCCACGUGGCCGGUCUGGGUCCGGCGGAUUUCAUUGUUCAGACGGCUGGAAACGACUCCGGGCGGACGGCCGUGGGUGUGAGUAUAAGCGUGCGGCGGGCGGGGCGCUAUGGGGUUAGCUACGCGGUUAAUGGCGGGGCGGUUAAGAACUUUACACUUGAGGUCCCUCCAGGCCCGCUCGAUCCGUCAUCAACGGUCCUUCUGGCGUCAGCGGAAGGGACCGCCGGAAUGCCGCUGGCCUACACCGUGCGGCUGUACGACGGCAACGGAAACCUGCGGAACGCCACUCUCGACGGCCCGGAUCCGCUGACGGUUCAAUUCGUGCAGACAACUCCCCCUGACAUGGCGCCGCCCUCUGCUGACGUCCCGACAGCGUCACCCGAUGGUUCGUACCGGGGUGCGGUCCUGUCGACGCUGGCAGGAACCUUCCUGCUGCGGGUGACGUCACAGGGUGCCACUCUCGCACAACAGAACGUCACAAUUGUCAGCGGCCCCCUCAGCCCGGCCCACCUCGCCGUCGCAAACGUCAGCAAAACCGUCACUGCUGGCGUCAGCUCCACUUUCCCCAUCCUCGCUUCAGACGAGUUUGGUAACCCGUACCAGCGCCCUGAUCUGGGUUACACCGUAACCCUGACACGUGGCGCGUUUACUGCGAGCUUCCCCAGCGUUCCGCCACGUGGCGGCGACUUCUACCAGGGUCGGUUCGUCGUAACCGCCCCCGGUUUGUAUAAUCUGGCCGUAACCGACGACUCCACCGGUCUGGUCGUGCCUGGGAGCGUAACCCGGGUUAAGGUCGUACCGGGCGCCGCAGCAGCCGAGCCUACUUAUCUUAUGGGGUCCCCGGUUAGCUUGGUUGGGAACCGGGUUACUCUAACCUUGGUCGUGAGGGAUGCGUUUGGUAACCCAACGUCGGCGGAUCUCUCCAGCUUCAACGUCACGUUAAUCACGCCAAAGGGGGCUGAGGCCGUUUCCGUCGUAGGGGGGCCGGCCGAGGGGGGAAUCCUUAACCCCCAAGUCGAGGACACGUUGUCCCUCGGAGUUACACCCCCGGUUAGCGGUAACUACGUUUUGCGAGUAGCCGUCAACUCAACCGAUGUCCGAGGGAGCCCUUUCGCGGUCACCGUCGGACCGCCCGCGCCGGUCCAGAUCGCUGACGUCAGCACCGGUGCUUCCGGUUCUAGUCUGAUCGUCAGCUUUGACAGCGCGACGCAGCAGGGGCUGUUGGGUUCCGCCUUGGGGGGGUCCUGCGCCGGGCUUUUUGCCCCCCCCGAACUGGCGGCGCUCGGUGCGGGAGCGGCGUGCUUUUGGAAAGAUGAAAAGACCCUACGGAUCGUGACCGGAGCUAAUGUACCGAGCGGUCUUCUCGGUGCUUUCAACGGCUCUGACGCGCUUGACUUUCUUCCGGGGGCGAUAACCGGGGUGGGGGCUUCUCUCCCGCGCACUGUAUGCCCCAUCCUGGCGACUCAGUUAACCACCCCGGCUUCCUUAACCCCGUCCCUAACCGCCCCGGGUAACGUGGGGGUCUGCCACGGCUUCACCCUCGACGCUUCUGGCGCGCGAGGGGCCUUCAACCCGACGCUUUCGUUUGUUUUCGGCGUCCAGUCCCAGGCGAAUACAGAGGCGGUGGUCGCCCUUUUUGCCGCCCACGAUUCCUCCCAACCGGUGGUCCAUCUUCCGGCCGGAACCCUGGUUCCUGGGGCGGUUUACACCUUCUCGGUUAGCGUAACCGACCCCUUCGGCGCUUCCGGCGUGGCUACGACGACCAUGAUCUCGAGCGCCGCCCCCAUUCCGCUCGUCACCAUCUCCGUUCCGCCGGGCCCUAGCGGAUUCCGGCGGAAGGUGGUCGCCUCGAACCGGAACCUGGUUAUCGAGUCGACCAUCGCGCUCCCAGACCUAACCUGCCUCAACACCACCCCGGGGUUCAAUGGCACUCUUGGGAACCCGCCUCGGUUAGUGUUAACCUGGACCCAGUUUUCAGGGCCGGUUCUUAACGCUUCCCUCCUAGCCGCUCAGACGACCCCCACCCUUUCCCUUCCCUUGGGCACUCUAGCAGCGGGUCCGGGUUACGGCAUCCGGUUAACCGCGAUAACCCCCGGUUACCCAGAGCUAACCGUCUCAGACACAGUGGAGGUAAUGGUCGGACUUCCCGCUUUAGCAGAGCUGCAGUUUAGCAGAGGGGUUAUUCAAACCCUCCCUGCAGACCAGCCGCUAAACCUAUCCCUCAACCCGGUCCAAACCGAGGCGACUCCCCUUGUCCGCUACACCUGGAGCUGCGAGGUUCUGUCCGGUUCCGUUGUGAGCUGCCCGGAUUCCGUUCAGGCUCUCUUGACGGUCAGCAACGAAACUCUCCUUGUGCCAGCUGGCGCGCUCCCAGUGGGCGGGUACCUCUUCCACGUGGCAGUUUCUCGUGAGGCACUGACCCUCCGGGGGGUUACGGUUAACGCAGUGGAAACUCAGGAGCUGAGUGCUAUGGUUUACAUCGUCGAAGCUGGGCAGCCGUCUGCUCAAGUGGCGGUUUUCGACGGUUCGGAAGCGUCCGUCCUGGAGUGUUCCGCUCAGAGGAAUGGAACGGAGGUGGCCGGAGCGAAGUACACGUGGCAGCAGACGAGUGGCGGGAGUCUGGGUAAUUUGGCGAACAAAACGACAUCUGGCGGCCGUUCAUUGGUCCUUCCAAAGUCCGCCCUCGCCCCCUACAGCAAGCCCCGGUUCCUCUGCACCGUCACAGUUCACGGACAAACCUCGCUCACAACCGGGGGGGUGGUAAUUCCGGGCCCGUUACCCCCCUUCAACGGCGGACUCUUAGUCGCGCCUGUCGGGGGAUCCCCCCGGGGCUUCGUCUUCGCUCUAACCGCCUCUGGCUGGCUGACCCACGCCCCCGACCCGUCGCUGACGUACGUCUACUCCUACCGGCCGGCGAUCGUGACGUCAGCGGGCGGCGAUCCCCUGCCGCUGACGUCAGCCACCGCGGCGACAAGUGUCACCGUCCUGCUGCCGCCUGGGGUGUUCUUCGUCUCGGUUAGAGUGACCGGUACGGACCGGAGCAGCGCGAUUUACACUGCUCCGGAGCCUGUAACAGUGCCCGGCGGUACUCUACCGGCCGUCAAGGACGGGUUAGCGCCGCUGGAUUUGAACUUAACCGACGCCAGAACAGUGACCGCGGCCGUCAGGCAGGCGGUGGCGGGUUCGGACCUAACCGGGCUCCUGCAAACCCUCGGAUUCGUGGCCGGGUUGAGCGGUGGCGGUUUCACGAGAAACGACACCGCAGCCUGGGCCUUGCAGCUCCUCGCUGCCGUCCAGUCUCUACCAGAUUCCGCCGUUCCGUCCAGUUCCGCCCUCGAGCAGCUCGCGUGCACUCUUGCCGGAACCAGCGACGAUUUGCUGGCGGGAGCUGCGCCUUCGGUCGCGGCCGCUCUGUUCGACAUCUCCGACCCGGGUUUAAGGAAGGUUUCGGACGGGGAAUCGGCAGUUACUUUGUCGGAAACAGCGGCCAAGUGCUAUUUGAGACUUUGGGCGAGCCUGCUCGCGUCCGGCUCUUCCGCAGCUUCUGCCAACGCGACAGGUUUGCUGACGUGGCCGACUCUGAUUGGCCGCGGCCGGCUGAGCGCGACCCCGCUUCCGGGAGCGCUGCAAGCUGGCAAUGUCAGCAUGACAACUGCAAAUGUCAUCGGCUCCGCUCCUCUACAGCCGUUCGAUUACCGGACAAUCGUCGGCCCCUGGACGGUGUCGAUGAACGUGUCCGAUCUAAGCCUUCCCGCAGGGAGCCAGGUGGCGGUGACGGUGACGUCAUACGCUGGCCUGAACUCGAUCUUCGAUCGCACCCACAUCGCUGUGCCGCUCCUGCUGGUCGACGCUUCGUACGGCGGGUCAUCCAUCGUAACCCAGGUCCAGGCUACGUUAAGCCUGAAGAGGCCCGCGCAAGGCGACAUCCGCACCUGGAACGGCUCCGCUUGGUCGCUGCAGAGCGUCUCCCAACCGCUAACUGCAAAGCCGCUAACCGCUUUCUCAGCCGUUGUACCUACUUCGGCCGCCCCCACUCUAGUUGCCUUCUACCAACCCUCUCAGACCAACACGGUCUCUCCUCUAAUCGGAGAACCGACGGCCGAUGACGGAAAAGAUAACGCUUUGGCGGUGAAGCUAGGAGUGUCGCUCGGCGUUGCGCUUGCGGCGCUUCUGCUAUGCUGUGCCGGGCUUUGCUGCGUGGUUUCCAUACGGAGAAAGCGCCAGAGGUUGCACGAUGCGGGCGACCAGGUGUUUGUGUUCAAAACCAUGGACGAGAAUAAACCGCAGGAGAUAAUCAAGGCGCCGCAUAAUGUAUGA